ACAAACCAAACAGUCGACGUUCCACUCCGCUCCGUGAUUCUACCAUUGGGAGAUUCUACGAUUCCCACUUCCCAUAUUCCCUAUAAAGAACACCGGGCGAUCCCCAGCGAAAGUCAGACGCGUGCCACCAACCGCGAGUGAAACAUCCCUGAUAAAUAAAGAAGAUAUCCUAAAGGGUAUAUUAUAUAAAAACAAAACCAACCUAUCCCAAAAACCAAGAUGAGCCACCACUGGGGAUACACCGAAGAGAACGGACCCGCCCACUGGGCCAAGGACUACCCCCAAGCGUCGGGACAUCGCCAAUCGCCCGUGGACAUCACGCCUUCCAGCGCCAAAAAGGGCAGCGACCUGAAGGUUUCUCCACUGAAGUGGAAGUAUGUUCCGGAGCAUACCAAGAGCCUGGUCAACCCUGGAUACUGUUGGCGCGUGGAUGUCAACGGCACUGACUCCGAGCUGACAGGUGGACCCUUGGGCAAUCAGAUAUUUAAGUUGGAGCAAUUCCAUUGCCACUGGGGUUGCACAGACUCCAAGGGAUCCGAGCACACCGUCGAUGGAGUGUCCUACGCCGGUGAGCUGCAUCUGGUCCACUGGAACACCACUAAGUACAAGUCUUUCGGCGAGGCAGCUGCCGCCCCUGACGGUUUGGCCGUGCUGGGAGUGUUCCUGCAGGCUGGCAAUCACCACGCCGAGCUGGACAAGGUGAGCAGCCUACUGCAGUUCGUUCUGCACAAGGGUGACCGCGUCACUCUGCCCCAGGGCUGUGAUCCCGGCCAGCUGCUGCCUGAUGUGCACACCUACUGGACGUACGAGGGCUCCCUGACAACUCCUCCUUGCUCCGAGUCGGUCAUCUGGAUCGUAUUCAAGACCCCCAUCGAGGUGUCUGACGAUCAAUUGAACGCCAUGCGCAACCUCAAUGCCUACGACGUGAAGGAGGAAUGCCCCUGCAACGAGUUCAACGGCAAGGUCAUCAACAACUUCCGUCCUCCGCUGCCGCUGGGAAAACGUGAGCUGCGCGAGAUUGGAGGCCACUAAUUCCUAUGGGAACAUGAUCCUCACUCCUUGGAUAGUCAACGGAUUCGAGUCGUACGAUUAGCUGUUCGCACCCACAUACCACAUCCGUACGCCUCGAGCUGGACCGGCACAUCCCACUGUUCAAUUCUCGUCUUUAGUUCGUACUCCCAGCAAGCAUCCGUAUCCGUAUUCGCAUCAGUCGAUGUGUAGUUGUAACCUUAUUUGUAUAUGUGUACGCCUGUUGGUUUGUUUGUUCGUUAAACGUUUGCAAAAUGACAAUUAGAAUAAUGUUAUUAUGGUAUUAUAAACUAAAUAUAACACGCUUAGAUGUUGCAUAUGAUAA